UGAAAACCAUUUUGAAGUCCGGGCAUCCCGUCUUUGAGUCUCUCUCCUUAUUACCUUUCCCUCAAAACCUCUCACACAGAGUCACACAGUGAAUAUCGCAGAAGAUCCAACAAUGGCGUCUUCAAGAUCUCUCACCUCCGCGUCAAGGCUGUUUGCCAUGUCCCUCCGCCGCCUCCACCAGCAGCACCGCCUCACUGGUUUUUCUCCCUCCGCCGCACGGUAUUUCCGUACCCUCCACUAUCUCAACUUGGAUGACCUUACCAAAAACCCCUUCGGAGUGGCUAAUGAUGCGAAUGGUGAGCCGAGAAAGGCAUUCUGGCGGAGAGUGUUGGGUGAGGGCUUUUUAGUGACGAGGUAUGAUCUUCCAGGUCUAACCCCAGAGGGUCUGAAAGUGUGGGUGAAUGAGCGUGAAGAAAUAGUUUUCGAGGGAAAAAUCAAAAGCCAACCCGGCUGUGAGGACGACGGAGAAGACUACCGUGGCCUCAUGUCAGGCAGGCCAGGGAUGUGCGAUGUGGAGCAGUUCAAGGCUGAGGUGAAACAUGGUGUCCUCUGGAUUACUAUUCCGCUCAACGAGGAUGCCAGACAGAUUCAACUCUUUUUGAUGAAGAAAGGCCUUGUUAAAUAUUAGUAUUGAUUUGGUUUGUUUUUUGGUUUUUUUUUGUUUUUUGUUUUUUGUUUUUUUUUUUUUAGGGUUCAUUGCACAUUGUUGGUUUGUUUUAAUUAAUUUCAUUUGGGUUUUAAUUAAUUUAUGUCCACUAAUCAGUUCAUGUGUCUGUCUUUUUGGGUGUAUUCAAGCUGUUUGUAGAAAUGCUCCAAUCACGAGUGGGUUUGGUUUGAAGAUUUUCUUGUGGAUUGGAUAUUGUUCUCCCUGUAUUCCUCUAUAACAGAGUUGGCCCAUCAAUUGUCACACACAUUUGGUGCUAUGUGUGUUAUUUUCGAGUCUAUUUAGUUAUGGAAAAUUUGUGUCA